AUGCAGGAGCCUUCGGACUCUAUGGGGUCGAAGGACCUGCACGGUUUCUUCACCAGCGGGUGUGUGCCGGGGCUGGAUGGCGCGUCAUUUGCUUCGCCGGUGGCGGGAGAGACGGGGGUGCUGGAUCAGUUACGUCAUGCGCAUGCCGCAGUGCAGCAGUACGUGGCAGCCGAGAUGGGCACCUACACUGAGGAUUGGAAGCUGCUGGGGAGGUGCACUGAGGUGCUGGAGGGGCGGUACCAGGAAGUUCGAGACUCCACGAAGGAAGCUGUGCGAGAGCUGGGAACGACAGCGGAGGUGAUGGAGCGACUACUUCCUCAGCUUGCCGAUGUAGACAAGGUUGAAGCACAGCUCGCCACACUAACGGAGGUGGUGAACAGAAUUGACGAAUACAGCAAAGCUCUGGCAGAUCGUUUUGAGUGCAACUGA